AUGGACGCGUGGGGGAGUCAGAAUGCGGCGGCGAGUGAGCAGCGGCUAGGGGAGGAAGAGGAAUGGGAGAUGGCUACGACUGGUAAAGACGCACUGAUUGUUUUACUGGAUGUACGCAAGGCCAUGUUUUCGUCGUACCCCCACGCGGCUGUAGAUGCUCCUUCCACAUGGUUUCAUGCUGUCGUGGAACUGAUGAUAAAGCUUCUUAAGUCGAAAGUAGUUGCAAGCGAUAAUUCAUUGCUAAGCCUCAUCUUCUUUGGGACGAACAAACGUGGAGAAGCAGGUACACUAGAGCAAGUCUACGAAUUUCAACCGCUGGGGUAUCCGUCAGCGCAAAGGAUCAAGGAACUUCACGCUUUGCUGGAGUCUGACGUGCAGUCGGCUUUUGGAUCCAUGGAGAACUCGGAGAAUUUUUCCUUUAGUAACGCUUUGUGGCAAUGUGGGAUCUCGUUUUCCAACGCAAAUUUGAAAAAAAAGGAUUCACAGCGCAUCUGGAUAUUUACAAAUGAUGACAGCUCACAGGCUCCAGACACAGAAGAAGUAGAUCGGAUUCAGAAGCAAGUCCAGAACCACACCGAACUAAAACGCACGUUAAAUUUCUUCUAUAUUACUCCGCCUGGAAAGAAAAGGUUCGAACUGGCAAAGUUCUAUGGAUGCAGCUUUAAAGACCUCUCGGCUGAUUUCGAUGAAGAAGCGAUUGAAAACGAAGCAUACUUCCAACCUGCUUUUCCUGUGGGUUCACUUGAUGAUUUAAUGGAUGGGUCACUGCGCAAACGCUUUCGCAAGCGCCGCCUGACAACAAUUCCUCUACAUAUCACAAAAGGUGUGUCAAUUGGUGUAGAGCUGUACGCGCUAGUAAUUGUUCAGCGCAAAAAUACGCCGGUGGCUCUUGACGCGAGCACAAAUACCCCGCUAAAAGUUGAGACAAAAUGGCUGUGCGAAGAUACAGGGGCAUACCUUACUCCCGACCAGAUCAAAAAGUACAUUGAUUUCGGUGGGAAGCGUGUGUAUUUUACACGGGACGACCUGAUAGAAAUCAAACAUUAUGACGCUCCAGGGCUUCAGCUAAUCUGCUUUAAGCCGGUGAGCGCUCUCAAUUGGAACGAAAACAUUCGCUCACCAUAUUUUGUGUAUCCUUCGGACGGCUACAUCGAAGGUAGCUCUACCGCCUUCAUGGCCAUUCUCAACUCGAUGUUGAGAAAGCAAAUGUUUGCCUUGGCGAGGUUAAUCGCACGAAAAACAAGCGAGCCUCGACUUGUGGCAUUGGUUCCUCAGGAAGAAGCUAACGACGAGAUGGGUCAGGUGCAGCCUUCAGGGUUCAAUGUCAUUUUUUUGCCGUAUUUGGAUGAUAUUCGUGACGUUUCGGUCGAGACCGUUGGAAAUAUCGCCCAGGAGAAAAUUGACGCAGCGAAGCACUUGAUCGCGAAGUUGAAGCUGACAGAAGCUCCGAGUUUCGAGAACCCAGAUCUGCAAAAGCAUUACGCUGCAAUUCAAGCUCUAGCGCUCGACGAGGAAGAACUGGAAUUUGACGAAAAGAAAGACACCACUCUUCCCGAUGCUGAGGGCUUUGACCAAGAUGAAGUAAAGGGUGCAAUUGCUGACUUCCGAGAAGUAUGCGGUGGCGAGUUACUUGACGCGUCAACGAAAACGAAACGCAAGUUAUCGGCUCCGGGAGGGCGCAAGGCGACCAUAAAAAAGUCAAUGAAAGGUGGUUUGGGCGAAUUGGAGGCGAAGGAAACAUUUGACAGAAAGGAGUGGGCUGCGCUGGUCAACUCUCACGCAAUUCAAAAGAAGACUGUGGCUCAGCUAAAGGCAUUCUUACAAGCUCAUGGCCUCGUAGCUGUUGGACGGAAGGCCGAUCUGAUCAACGCAGUCCAAUCCUUCAUUGAGAUGUAG